GGAAUCGAGCGGCUGAAAGGAGAGACGGGAAAGUGGGGCAAAACGCCGUGUUGGGAGGCCAUGAAGACGGCGUUCGGAGGCCCCUUCUCACCAUCAUGGUUCAACCCUUUAUCAGCACUGAGCUGCAAAAGGGACUCAGUAGACCACAUUGCAGUCCCACAGGGGGACAUCAUUGAGGAGGACGUCAUAGAGAUCCCACUCUACUAGUUCCACACAGUGAGGAGGGCUUUGUGGUCUUUGUCUCAUAAAAUAUCUGUCUUGCAGGCAUAAAGCUUCUUCAGGACUUUUUAAGCAGAAUGCCAAAAAGAUUAAAUUUUUAUCCAACAGGUUUUUUUUCAUUACUGAAGGAAGUUCUAAACAGUAUGUGUGUCUUAAAGUGUUUGCUGAUACUGAGCGAUGGAAAACCAGGUGUGCCCCGCAGAGAACGUUCUGAACAUUAGAGAAACUGAGCUCCAUCAGGGAAAAACCACUAAAGUAGACCACCAAGAACCAAACAAGUCAACCAGCCUUCUUUUAUAAACUAGUUUUAACAGUAUUACAAGUAGAGUACAAGAUUCACAAACUCACACAGUUUUUUCAAACGUACACAUUUCAAACAGCACAAAUAUUCUAUGCAUAUAACUCGUCAAAUGUGCCUUCAGGACUCACCCGCUGCAGACCAAUCCGUCAACUCGAGCACACGCAUCAUCUUGCCUGUGCACGUGACCAAACUACUGGACACGGAUAACAUCUCUAUAUUAUUUUAAAUGAGAAAUUGUAUGAGCCUGUUUAAUCCCACCAACAGUUUGUUUUAUUUAUUUACCACACAUUUAAUAGUUCAUGAGACACACCGUGUUGAGCUCCUGGGAAACCCCUCCCACAGCUGUGUACGUUACUGCACGGGGUUUUUUUUUUCCUGCUGGACACUGGAAAAAUAAAGAUCCCCACUUUGAUAACCACUCUUGCCACAAAUCUUUCCCGGUUAAUGCACCACACUUUUUGUCAGAGGGAUUCCUCCAUGCAAUUUUGCAAAAAAAUUUCCAUGAGUUUUUGUCUACUUGACGAUUUUUAUAAAUGUCUGCUUGCGGGUACAACAGUCAGAUUCUGGAACUGAGUAGUUUAAGGAAAAUGUAGCGUCUGAGUGCUUUUAGCAGAAACAAACAUGCCCACGAACUUCUGACCAGUCACAUAGUAUGUUCUCAAAGUUCUCAUCGUGGGUUAUGAUAAGGAGUGGAAGACUAGAAGCUGCAAACAAAAUGUCACAAUUUUUGUCAUGAAACUACGAUAAUAUGAGACAAUGUCAGCUGUUUGGCUGGAGUGUGGYUGCUUAACUUCAGAGGAUAGAUCACAGGGUGGACGUCCCACCCUGCCCACUGCCACUGCUCCUAACACUUUUUUAAAUAGUUUAUCCAGAAUAAGAAUAAACUACCCAUUUGUGUAGUUUAUUUCAGCAGUACAGUUCACGUCAAUGUGAGCUUGUGUUUGAACACGGGUUGUGAUCUGCUAAUCCUGUAAAUCUGAUACCUCAGAUUUUCACCAGCCUCAAUUGCAGAUUUCUAUUGAUGAAUCUGGAGUGUGAAGAAAGGGUCAACCUUCACAUGCACAGCCAAGCUGGGGAUUCAACAACUUAUAGCUUAUUCCCACUUGUGUAAUUUGAACUGUGUACGUUUGAAAAAUUGUUGAAAACAUUUGKGACUGAUUUAUCUCCGUAUUUUUCCAGCUCUCUAAGGAUCGACUCACCUCGUGCCUUUUUCUUCUAAAGCAACCUUUUAUUGUUUGAAUACUCACCUCUUUGGUAGUGACUGACACACGUUACCUGUUUCCUCUUCAUGUCUCCAUACCUGAGCUUUAAACUGACAUAUGGGUGCUAGAUGUCGGGGGUCCAGAGGGGUAAAGUUAAACAAAGCAGGACUUUUCUUAGCUUGACUUCACAAAAUCCUAAACUCUGUUUUUAUGGGUUUUAAAUGGUUGCAAAGUUCAGCACACAAAUAAGCAAUAAUGGUGCU